AUGACAGCUCAGGAGCCAAAUGUUCGAGUCGGCGUAGCCGCUGUAAUCAGCGAUCGAGAGGGCCGGGUUGUGCUCGGUCGGAGAAAGGGAAGUAUUGGUGCGGGUAAAUGGGGGUUUCCAGGCGGCCACCUGGAGUUUGGAGAGACUUAUUUCCAAUGUGCCGAGAGAGAGGCGCUCGAGGAGACGGGCUUGAAGGUGAAGGCGGUGAAGAUGAUGGCGGUCACGAACGACGUGUAUGAGGAGUGGCAACGCCACUACAUCACCAUUUUCGUCGAGUGUAAGAGGGAAGAUCCGGAUCAGCAGCCAGAGAACCUCGAACCGAACAAGUGCGACGAAUGGGUCUGGAAGGGGUGGUCGGAUAUCAAGGCCCUUCAGGGAAGCCCAAGCGGGACCAAGGAGCUGUUCCUUCCCAUUGUCAACUUGAUUAACGAGAACCCAAACAUAGAUGCGAUGAUGAGUAAAUAA